GGAACGGUGGACAUAGCAGCGAGUGACAGCCACUCCACAUGGCUGGGGACACCAGGAUGGCCAGGAAGGUGGUGCUGCUCUUGUGGGCCCAGACCCUUGGCCUCGCUGGUGCCCAGACCACCCAGCUCCUGGUGGAUCCUCCCUGGACACCAGCGGUGCUGUGGGACCAGGUGACACUGACCUGCCAGGGCUCUGGGACCACUGGUGCCACCACCUGGUAUAAGGAUGGGCAGUACUGGGGGCAGGAGGGACGCGACAACAUCACUGUCAUGGAAAGUGGCACCUACAUGUGUGACAGACCGGGCAGUGGGUGUAGCCCUUCCGUGAACGUUUCAGAAGACAAGCUGGUGCUGCAGGUGCCGGCACGGGCACUGCUCCAGGGGGAAACGAUGACACUGCGCUGCCGGUACAGGCAGGACAUAUCUGUCCAUUCGGUGUUCUUCUACCGUGAGGAGACAGAACUGCGGGAGCUCCACAAUGGGACCCAGUUUUCCCUGACCCCUCUGCAGCUAAACCACACCGGCCGCUACCACUGCAGGGCCUGGGUAUCACAGGGAUGGGAGAAGUCAGCACUGGUGACAGUGACAGUGAACGUGCCCGUGGCCAAUGCCACCAUCACCCUCAGUCCCCUGGCACACCAGCUGCGUCCAGGUGACCCCGUGACCCUGCACUGCUCGGUGCAGGUGGGCUCAGCACCUGUCACUUUCACUUGGCUGCACAACGGGCAGGAGGUGGCCCAGGGUCCCCUCCUGGAGCUUGGGGACGUCGAUGUGGGACACUCAGGCACCUACCAGUGCGUGGCCACCAACCAGCUGGGUGGGCACCAGGCAUUCAGCCCAGAGCUGGCACUGAAGGUGACACCGUGGGGACACAGAGACACAGUGGCCACAGGUGUCGGUUGGGCCCUUUUCUUCCUGGUCCUGCUUGUGGAUGUCAUUGUGGUCUGGCACUGGUGGCACCGUGUGGCUGCCAGGAAGAACCAGGAAAGGGGCCCCCCGGAGUCCCUAGCCCCCCUAGAGGAGGGGGAGGUUCUGUACACCCACGUUGUGAGCACCAAACAGGCACAAUGGCCUCCUCCUGUCAGCCUCCCUCAGGAACCUCGAGUGACCUACAUGCAGCUGCCAGGACCCCACAGGCGACCACGGGAGCCCAGUGACAUCAGUGAGGUUGUGCUGUGA